AUGGGUGACAAUUUUGGUCAAGAAAGUUUGGAACCUUCAGUAAACGGAAAUAAUGGGUUCAAAUUUUCAAUGGAUUCUUUACCCAUUAAGUCACUUUCCCCUUCAUUACCAUUAACUACAACAAAUUUACGUUUUGCUUCACAGGGUGACCUUGGUAAACUUUUUGCUCUACAAGGAAACAGUUUAAACUUGGACAAUGUUUCUUCGUCUCCUUCAAUAGCUGAUCAACUUGAGCCACAACCUCCUUUCAUCCGUAAAAUAGCUCGCCCGAUACCUCCCUCAUUAAAUACAAAUAUAACUCAUCGAGUUGAUAGCCCUGAUGAGACGUCAGGUCAUCGAAGGAGAGAUAGCAAUGUUUCGGCAAUGUCUAUACAAUUAUAUGAUGUUAUUGGUUCCGGUCAUCAAAGACGAGACAGUAAUGUUUCAAAUAUGUCUAUGCAAUUAGACACUCCUACACCCUCUAGCGAAACAGAAUCUGGUAAUGAGGAUGAAAGUAAAUUAGCAUUUUUCCCUUUCACAUUUUCCCAAAGACCUUUAUCAAUGUCAAUACCUGGAACCCCUACAACACCCCCAGCUCAUAUUUCGAAUUUUUAUUCUUCAUCUACAACAAGACCAUUAAUGUCUCAUCACCCUCAACGUAUAAGGAGAAUGAGUUUAGAUCUGAAUGUGGACAGUAAUGGUGAUCCAAAAAUUGAAAAACCGUCACCUAUGCAUCGUGCGGUCAAGGCAAGGAGGGCCUCUCUAUUGCCAAAGACCAAAUCAUUUCAACGGGUUGUUAAUGAGCUUCAAGAUGAAUUGCAACCAAUUGAAACAGAAAUCAAACAAGAAUAUAAAACCACAAAGGUCCUUAAGAAUGAAUGUGAUAAUUAUAUGGAUACUGGAAAAUUACCAGAUGAAUUCCUAAAUAAUUGGAUUAAAUUUCGAGACAUCCAACCAUCACCUCCUGUUUCAAAAUUAAAUCCUGAGGUUGAUAUGUCGUUUCGACAAGAUACUCCUUCACCAACCUCUUCUGUUGGAGCUUGGUCUAUAAGUGGUAGAAUAAAACGAAAAGCAUCAGAGGAUCGCUUUGAACCCUAUUUCAACCCAAAAAGACGUGCCGUUUCACCAAGUUUGGCUGCAAGUCCACCAAUUGUAUCAAGCGUCCCAUCUCCUCCAACUGUUGCUAGUUCACCAUCAUUUUCAGGAACAGCGUCAUCUAGUGGAAAUUGCUCAACAAGAGGACAAAUAAAGGGAAAUAGUAAUUUGGUUAAUAUGCAAGAUGCAAACGGGAGUUUUAGUAGAAUGAAUUUAAACGGAGAAUAA